CAGAGAUGCACGCCCAGGCUGGCGGCCAUCCUCACGGCCACUCUCCUGCCCGCCCGCCUGUGCACACUUUCGCCGGCCCCACUUGGCAAGGGACCUGUUCUCCCAUUGCUACCACGACAGAGGACAAAUUGAGCAGACGGGCCAGCCGGCUGGAGCUGCAGGUUGGGGUCUACGCCCUGCCACCCAUGGGAGGCAGGGACCCAGCUCCUGGCUCCUGUUGCCUGCCUGGAGUCCACGCACCCUGCUAGACAGGCCUGAUGCCCCUUUCCCAUCCCCUCCCAGGAGGUGGCAGACAUGGAGGAGGUGACCAUCUGGGAGCAGCACACGGCCACACUCUCCAAGGAUCCGCGCCGGGGCUUCGGCAUCGGCAUCUCCGGAGGCCGGGAUGGGCCCAGCGGCUCCGUGGUGGUGUCGGACGUGGUUUUGGGAGGCCCCGCUGAGGGCCGGCUGCGGCCAGGGGACCACUUGGUCAUGGUGAAUGGGGUCUCCGUGGAGAACAUGACUUCGGCCUUCGCCAUUCAGCUUCUGAAGACCUGCACCAAGAUGGCCAACAUCACGGUGAAGCGACCUCGGAAGAUCCAGCUGCCAGCCACCAAGCUGGGCGCCCCUGGCCCAGGCCGCCAGGACUCGGAUGAGGAAGUCGAGCAUGGCCGGGGCUAUGAAGGGGACUCAUCCAGCGGCUCUGGCCACUCCUGGGGCGAGCGCUCCCGCCGGCCAAGGACUGCACGCCGGGCCAGGGCCAGCAGCCAGGGGCGCAGGAGCCCAGGCGGUGGGUCCGAGGCCAAUGGGCUGGCCCUGGUGUCCGGCUACAAGCGGCUGCCCCGGCAGGACGUGGGCAUGAAGCCCUUGAAGUCGGUGCUGGUGAAGCGGCGGAACAGCGAAGAGUUCGGGGUCAAGCUGGGCAGUCAGAUCUUCAUCAAGCACAUCACAGACUCUGGCCUGGCUGCCCAGCACCGUGGGCUACAGGAAGGGGAUCUCAUCCUUCAGAUCAAUGGGGUGUCCAGCAAGAAUCUGUCGCUGAAUGACACCCGGCGGCUGAUUGAGAAGUCAGAAGGGAAGCUGACCCUGCUCGUGCUGAGGGACCAAGGCCAGUUCCUGGUGAACAUCCCGCCGGCCGUCAGUGACAGCGAAAGCUCUAUCCUGGAGGACAUCUCGGACCUCAACUCGGAGAUGUCACAGGCACCACCUUCACACGUCCCACCACCACCCCGGCACAGGCAGCAGAGCUGGGAGCAGCUGGAGGCCAGCGAGACGGACUCCCUUGAUGAGAGCCCCCAGCCAAGGCGAGAAAGGUCGUUGGAUUCCAGGACAAUCUCAGAACCAGACUCGACCCAGGGAAGCAGCAGGGAUGCUUACAGGGUUGCCAGCCUCCAGAGCCUGGAGGCCCAUGGGUACGUCCAAGCCUCCAAGGCACCCACAGCUGGAGGUCACCCCCUCCUGGAGCAGCCUCGUCCUCCCCCAGGUACAGCCCCGACACCCGGGUGGUCCGAUUCCCCAAAGGGGCCAGCAUUGGACUUCGACUGGCUGGAGGCAACGACGUGGGCAUCUUUGUGUCUGGAGUGCAGCCGGGCAGCCCAGCUGAUGGGCAGGGCAUCCAGGAGGGGGACCAGAUCCUGCAGCCUCACACGGGAGGAGGCCGUGCAGUUCCUGCUGGGGCUGCCGCCCGGGGAGGACGUGGAGCUGCUCACCCAGCGCAAGCAGGACCUCUUCAGGAAGAUGGUGCAGUCGCGCGUGGGCGACUCCUUCUACAUCCGCACACACUUCGAGCUGGAGCCGAGUCCUCCCUCGGGUCUGGGCUUCACACGGGGCGACGUCUUCCACGUGAUGGACACGCUGUACCCUGGCCAUGGGCACGGCUUCACCCGGGGCGGCCUCUGGCUGGCAGCGCGUGUGGGCCGUGACCUCCGGGAGCAGGAGCGGGGCGUCAUCCCGAACCAGAGCAGGGCUGAGCAGCUGGCCAGUUUGGAGGCAGCACAGCGGGCCGCAGGCCUUGGUCCCAGUUCAUCCUCCAGCUCCAACGCCCGAGCCGAGUUCUGGCGCCUGCGGGGCCUUCGAGGAGGAGCCAAGAAGUCGGCCCAGCACAACCGGGAGGAUCUGUCGGCGCUGACCAGGCAGGGCCACUACCCACCCUAUGAACGCGUGGUGCUUCGAGAAGCCAGCUUCAAGCGUCCGGUGGUGAUCCUGGGGCCUGUGGCAGAUAUCACCAUGCAAAAGCUGACGGCGGAGAUGCCUGACCAGUUUGAGAUUGCAGAAAGCAUAUCUCGGGCUGACAGCCCCUCCAAGAUCGUCAAACUGGACACUGUGCGGGUGAUCGCAGAGAAGGACAAGCACGCGCUCCUGGAUGUGACCCCAUCGGCCAUCGAGCGCCUCAACUACGUGCAGUACUACCCCAUCGUGGUCUUCUGCGCCCCUGAGAGCCGGCCGGCCCUCAAGGCCCUGCGAGAGUGGCUGGCGCCCGCCUCCCGCCGCAGCACACGCCGGCUCUACACACAGGCACAGAAGCUGCAGAAACACAACAGCCACCUCUUCUCAGCCACCAUCCCCCUGCACGGGACCAGUGAAUCCUGGUACCAGGAACUCAAGGCCGUGAUUCAGGAGCAGCAGACGCGGCCCAUCUGGACCGCCGAGGACCAGCUGGACGGCCCCUCUGAGGACAACCUGGACCUUCCUGGCCACGGCCUGGCUGACAGCUCUGCAGACCUCAGCUGUGACAGCCGGGCCAACAGUGACUACGAGGAGACUGAUGGCGAGGGUGGGGUCCACACGGAUGUGGAUGAGGAUCCCCCAGUGCUGGCCCUGGCCCGGUCCUCAGAGCCGGUGCAGAUGGAGGAGGAGCCCUCGAGCCUGAGGGAUCAUGGGAGAAUCCCGGCUCCCCGUGAUGCCCCGGUGGACAGGCAGCACCCCCAGGGCCAGUGGCACCAAGACAGCAUGCGGACUUACGAACGGGAAGCCCUGAGGAGAAAGUUUACCCGAGCCCGAGAUGUGGAGUCCUCAGAUGAAGAAGGCUACGACUGGGGCCCAGCCACUGACCUGUGACCCCACUGGGUUUCUACCUGCAGGCCCUUCCUUUGCCUCCCUGGACCCGAGAUUCAGUUUCCCCUAUAGAACCUAGAGCCCUCCACCAUGCUUGUGGCCUUUAAUAAACCGUGUUUUCACAGCA